AGACCCCCCCUGCCGUCAGCAUGGCAAACCGGGGACCAUCAUACGGCCUCAGCCGGGAGGUGCAGCAGAAGAUCGACCGGCAAUAUGACCCCGAGCUAGAGCAGAUCCUGGUGCGGUGGAUCCUGGCGCAGUGUGGCGGGGACGUCGCGCAGCCAGCACCUGGCAGGGACGGCUUCCAGCAGUGGCUGAAGGACGGCACUGUGCUGUGCCGGCUCAUCAACAGCCUGCACCCACGGGGCCAGGGGCCAGUGGCCAAGAUCCAGGCAUCCACCAUGGCCUUCAAGCAGAUGGAACAGAUCUCACAGUUCCUUCAGGCAGCCGAGCGCUAUGGCAUCGCUGCCACCGAUAUCUUCCAGACCGUUGACCUCUGGGAAGGGAAGAACAUGGCGUGCGUGCAGAGGACCUUGAUGAACCUGGGCAGCCUGGCCGUGGCCAAGGGCGACGGGCUCUUUGUGGGAGACCCCAACUGGUUCCCCAAGAAGUCGCAGGAGAACCGGCGCGUCUUCUCCGAGGACAAGCUGAAGGAGGGCCAGAGCGUCAUCGGGCUGCAGAUGGGCACCAACCGGGGUGCCUCACAGGCUGGCAUGACCGGCUAUGGCAUGCCCCGCCAGAUCCUCUGAGCGCCUACGCCGCCCCCCGGCUGCCGCCGGCACGGCCCCCCCAGGCCCUGCCUGUGAAGGGCCCCCCGGGGCCAGCCCCCAAACUGCCUUCCCCCCCCCCGCCCUUAUGGACCAGCCAGCUGUUCCCCAGCCUGGGCGCCCACCCCCCUGCCAGUAUUUCCAGGACCAAAGUCUUUUUUUAUUAUUAUUAUUUUGCUGGGCACGUGUGAGGGAAGGGGGCUGCCGCACUGCCCCCCCCACCGCUGCACCUGCAACCCCCCAGUGCCUUGGGGGCCGUGGUGCCACCCCAGCUCUGCCACUGUGCUGGGGGGGCAACCCCCCCCCCCCCAAUAAAUGGCUCCUCUUCUUUCCAGGCCUGGAUAGUCAUGAUGGCGGGA